AUGUCCUUCACUCAAAUGGUAGAGUCGUUCAAACAUGAGGACUCACAGCACUUCCCCAAGAACCUUGACAAGAAUGCCACUGUGGUCCCUGUCGGCCUCGACUUUGGCCCUUCCUGGGUUUCCGUUUCUUUCUCCGUCGACAUCAACGGAGACCAAGGGCUGUACUUCACCGGCUUUGAUUGCGGUCAGGUGUACAAGGACUUCUACCAAGAAGCUUUGAGCAAGAAGGUGCAAGACCACCUCGAAUUCGAGGAAUUUCCCCCUUCCAAUGCACCUUUGGUGUCAACCGAGGAGCAAGCUUCGGAGCUUGUGGAAGCCUUCGCAAGUCAUAUCGAGGACGCUAGGUUGAUGGGAGUGUGGUCUUUGGACAAGAACCCGGCUCUCAACUUCAAAGUGAUGGCAAUCACCCUUCCUGAUCACUGGGAUGACUCCGCUCGCACAGUCGUAGCCAAGGCGGCGAGACUCGCUGGCGAACCCCUGGAUGGCUCAGACAUGAUCCUCAAACUACCGCGAGCGGUGCAAUUGGCUCAUGAGAUGCAGAAGAACACAGCUGGCACAUACAUUACGAUCCUGAUUCACUAUCACAAGUCUUAUCUCCAUUUGAUGCUUGUCCAGAUGUGUGAAGCCGGCUGUGUAGUGAAAGGACAAGUCUAUCUGCGUCAUCUCGGAGAAGACAUGAUUCUGAAAGCGUCAGCUACGGACAGCGCUUUCGAUCCCGACCAAGAUACUCUCAAUCAAGGCUCCCCUAGCGACAGUCUCUAUAGUGGAACGCCUACUAGCGACGGACCCCUCGACGAGAACCCUUUUGACGAUGCCACUCUCCACCACAGCCGUCUUAGCGAUGAACACUUCGACAUGGACCCUACCCCCGAACCCUCCACCAGCACCCACUCUCCCCAAGACAAUAUCGACUCCUCCUCCGAAAUCUACACAGAACCUCCAGUCUACCAAGACCCUCACGUUGACCUAGAGCCCAUCCGAGAAGCUCUCCAAAAGUUCAUCCUUCUCAUGACGCGGUCCGACGAGCCAACCCCACCAAAAGGAUCGCCGCCAUCCCUCAAACACGCAGUCAACGACGUCAAAUACAUCGUCCUAGACGGAACGGCCACCCCACGAGGACAGAACGCUUUGCGCACGGUGAUCAAGGAGAUGUUCGCAGACACGGAUUGGAUCGACCUGGAGAUGAAUCUGCAGAUGUGGGGAGAAUACGGGGCCGAGAUUGCAGGCCGACGGCAGUGGGAGAAUCCGAAGCACUCGGGGGAUUGGAAGGAGUUGCCGGGGUAUUUGGAUGGAUGA